CGCCCAAUAAAAUACGCGGUGGGCGGGUUUUUCAAUGACAGCGAUUCAGAACUAGGAACUAAACGGCUCUUGGCAGCAGCACCGGAGACAUGUGUGGCAUCUUCGCAUAUCUGAAUUAUCACGUGCCUCGCACUCGCCGUGAGAUCCUCGAGGUCCUUAUCAAGGGCCUGCAUCGCCUGGAGUACCGCGGCUAUGACUCCGCUGGUGUGGGCAUCGAUGGAGGAAACAGUAAGGAAUGGGAAAACAACUGCAAGAACAUCCACCUGAUCAAGCAAACAGGAAAAGUCAAAGCGCUGGAUGAGGAAAUCAAUAGGCAGCAGGAUGUUGAUCUGGAUGUGGAGUUCGACGUGCACCUGGGAAUCGCUCACACUCGAUGGGCCACUCACGGCGUCCCCAGCCCCGUCAACAGCCACCCGCAAAGAUCUGACAAGAACAACGAGUUUAUUGUCAUCCAUAAUGGAAUCAUCACCAACUACAAAGACUUGAAGAAGUUUCUGGAGAGUAAAGGCUAUGACUUUGAGUCUGAGACGGACACGGAGACCAUCGCUAAGCUGGUGAAGUACAUGUAUGACAACCGGGAGAACGAUGACAUCACCUUCGCCACCCUGGUGGAGCAAGUCACCCAGCAACUAGAAGGAGCUUUUGCCCUGGUCUUCAAAAGUGUGCACUAUCCAGGAGAGGCAGUGGGCAGCAGGAGAGGAGGUCCGUUACUGAUUGGAGUUAGAAGUGACCACAAGCUUUCCACAGAUCACAUCCCCAUCCUGUAUCGCUCCUCUGGUAAAGACAAAAAGAGCUGCAAUACUCUGCCCAGGAUGGACGAGGACACGUGUCUGUUUCGUGAGAAAGCCGUGGAGUACUACUUUGCAUCUGAUGCCAGUGCUGUCAUCGAGCACACCAAUCGAGUCAUCUUCCUCGAGGAUGACGAUAUCGCAGCGGUGCGUGACGGGCGUCUCUCCAUCCACCGGAUCAAGCGGACGGCAGGAGAUCACCCGGCCCGGGCCAUCCAGACCCUGCAGAUGGAGCUGCAGCAGAUCAUGAAGGGAAACUUCAGUUCCUUCAUGCAGAAGGAGAUCUUCGAGCAGCCAGAGUCUGUGGUCAACACCAUGCGAGGAAGAGUUAACUUCGACAACAACACAGUGACCCUGGGAGGGUUGAAAGACCACAUUAAAGAGAUCCAAAGAUGUCGUAGGCUCAUCAUGAUUGCCUGUGGGACCAGUUACCAUGCUGGAGUUGCAACUCGUCAGGUACUGGAAGAACUGACCGAACUUCCUGUCAUGGUGGAGCUGGCUAGUGAUUUCCUGGAUCGAAACACGCCUGUCUUCCGAGAUGAUGUGUGCUUUUUCAUCAGCCAGUCAGGAGAGACGGCAGACAGCCUGUUGGCUCUGCGCUACUGUAAGAGAGGUGCCUUGACGGUGGGCAUCACCAACACUGUGGGCAGCUCCAUCUCCAGAGAAACAGACUGUGGUGUUCACAUCAAUGCUGGCCCAGAGAUUGGUGUGGCUAGCACAAAGGCAUACACGAGUCAGUUUGUGGCUCUCAUCAUGUUCGCCCUGCUGAUGUGCGACGACAGAAUCUCAGUGCAGCCUCGCAGACGAGAAAUCAUACAAGGCCUCAAAGUUCUGCCAGAUCUAAUCAAGGAGGUGUUGAGCCUGGAUGAGGAGAUUCAGAAGUUGGCAGCAGAGCUGUAUCAGCAGAAGAGCGUUCUCAUCAUGGGCAGAGGAUACCACUACGCCACCUGCCUGGAAGGAGCUUUGAAAAUUAAGGAGAUCACGUACAUGCAUUCGGAGGGGAUUUUGGCUGGCGAGCUGAAGCACGGGCCGCUGGCUCUAGUGGACAAACUCAUGCCUGUCAUCAUGAUCAUCAUGAGAGACCACACGUACAACAAGUGCCAGAAUGCAUUGCAGCAGGUCGUGGCGAGACAGGGCCGUCCGAUCGUGAUCUGUGAUAAGGAGGACUACGAGACCAUCAAAAACUCCAGCCGCACCAUCAAAGUGCCUCACAGUGUGGACUGUCUGCAGGGAAUCCUCAGCGUCAUCCCGCUUCAGCUGCUGUCCUUCCACCUCGCUGUGCUCCGCGGAUAUGACGUUGAUUGCCCAAGAAACCUGGCCAAGUCUGUGACUGUUGAGUAAUCGCUUCCUAAUCGAACACACACACACACACACACACACACACUCACU